GCCAACCAUCAUGAUCCACGGGCUUGAACAUUCACAUUCACGCGGCAAUCCGGAUUAACAUGAUGAUCCGGCCCCGGUUCCCCCCAAAGGAGUUAAGUCAGCGGGCCAGACCAAAAGGGGAUUCCCUGAACAUCUUCACCGUCUCUCUCUUACUUCGUGGUUAAUUGCUUUUUUGUCAAGGAAUUGCUCUUUGUCUUCACAAUGGCGACCUUCUUCCAGAGUGUUCGCCAAGGGUUCGGCCGGGGAGGAAACAACAAGAACAACCCCCCCAAGAGUCCGGCGCAGGCUCCCCAAGCCCCCCAGGCUGGUGCCAUGUCCAACUCUCCGUCGCUCACUAAUAGCCUCACCAUGGACAACCUCUCCGCGAACGAUCCCGAUGCCCCCAAGUACUUCUUCCAGGAGAAGUACGCCCCACUGAACGUGAGGGGCAACUUCUUGACCCUGUGUGCCUGUCCAAAGAAUGUGGAACUGGGCGAGUGGCUGGCUCACCAGAUUGUUGAACAAUAUCGCUUGCUCCACGGCAUGCUCCAAGUCAUCCAGGAGACGAACAGCGUUACUGGUCUUCCAAUUUGCAAUGAGAGCACAUGCCCGACUAUGUCGGCUGGUCGGUUGACCUAUACUUGGCUGGUGGACGGCCGCGCAGCUAAGAUUUCUGCUCCGAAGUUCAUCAACCGUGUCGAGAAGUGGAUCGUCAGCAAGAUUCAUGACCCAGUCAUGUUCCCCACCGAGAAGGUGAACGGCACUCCUGAAACCGCCUCCAUGAGAGAUGCCAACGGUACCUCUGCGGCUCCUUCCUCCGCCACCUCCACGGAUCCCUCCACCCCCGCGAGCACGAGUGGCGCAUCAGCAGACGAGUGGAUUGGCCAGUCCAGUGGUUUCCCCCAAACAUUCUACAAGGACUGCCAGGGUAUCAUGAAGCAGAUGUUCCGUUGCUAUGCCCACCUGUACCACGCGCACUGGCUCAACCCAUUCUGGCACCUGAACAAGCACGACAUCCUGAACAUGUGCUUUGUGCACUUUGUCACCGUCGCCAAGUACUACCAGCUCGUCUCGGACAAGGAGAUGGAGCCGAUGCAACCGCUGAUCGAUCUGUUCAUCAAGCAGCAGCGGGUGCCCCCAGAGGCCUUGAGCGGUGGCCACUGGGCUCAGCAGCCGGCAGCUAAUUAAGCUGGCUAAUCGAUCAUAACCAUACCCAAAUGACACUCCGCAGGCCCGGGAGUACAGCGACCCUCUCUUUUUCUUUUCACGCUUGACGACACAUGACCUGUUCUUCAACCAGGCGUUGGGCCCUACAGCUGUCUUAUGAUCGUGUUUCUGCUUUUCACUGAUGCCGGGAGGAUGAAUGGAAUUCAAUGUGCGACUGAUAGCCGAUCAUACGACACACGUCCAAGGCUUUAAGCAUUUAGCAUGCGGUGUGAAUAUUCUUUUCUUUCAUGUUCUUUGUCAUGAUCUUUGCAUAUCUUCUAUCAGCUAUUCAUGGUGGCGUAUCCUCGCAAUGGAAUCAUAUCCGUCUGGAUGCAGAUUGGAAGUUCAUAGGUUGACGAGGUGGUAGAGUGUUCUUCGAAGAAGAACGUCAAUGUCGGUAGAGGGGAGGCUGAUUUCCAUCUGGUAGGGCAUGAACUCUUACUGUUUCGCCAACUGCCAGUGGAGACUUCAUCUCGUAGUAGACCGUAUUGUCUAGUCAUGGAGGAUGCGCUCUCUUUUGCCCAGCAGCCAUACUCAUCCGAUAAUCAAUCAAAUCCAUGAAUAGAGAAUACAGGCAAUAUCCGACCAGGACCCAGCUCCGAAGCUCUAGAAAUAUUUCGUCGACUCAUGUAUUCGUAAAUCGUAGCCAAUUUUCAGCAUCUCGCCCUUCACAGGUACACCCCACCAUCAGCGUCUCGUCCACCCUCCUGCUGUUGCUCAGCAGCGUCAUGACCAGUCCCAUUCAGAACCGGAGCUUGCUCCUCCUCAUCCUUCUUCCCAGGAUCAAUCCACACCUGCCCCCGCUUCUCCACCUCAGCCUUCAACAGCCCAAUCCGCUCUUCCUUGCUCUUCACCACGCCCUCGUUCUCAACGAUGACCUCGUCAAGAAACCUGACGCCUUCUUCUGUCUCCACAGCCUUUUCUGCCUCUAGGGCUAUGUUGGACUCGAGGAGUUUGUUGAUGUCGUUUUGGAGUUUUGCGGCUUCGGCAUGGAGGGAUCCGAGGGGAAGCUCUGUUAUGGCUUCUGCGAAGGCCGUGAGGCUUAUGGGUUGGCUUCCGGCGGACAUUUUGGGUGUUGGGAUGUGUGCAGUUAGAUGAUGAUGUGCUUUGGUGUUGAGGUAGCGUGAGGAAGUAGGAGGUGUUUGGGGUGAGGUUUGGGAAAAGGUUGGAGAAAGUUGGAGAUGCGCCGAGCUUGAGUUGGUUCC